AUUUUGUUACGUCCGGUCACUAUAACGUUUUUUUAUUUACUUGAUAGAGGGUUAAAAUAAUGUUUGUUAAAUACCAUCUAGUUUUUAUUUUUAAAUUCAACUAUAUUUUUUAAUUAAGUUUAUUAGUUUUCUAUUAUAAUGUCACGCAACAAUUUUGAUUCAACAACUUCUACUUUUAAGGCACCAUUAGCUCCAAUAAGAAUGCCUCAAUCUACCCAAGCACCAGAGGCACUGCUUUUCAAUGAUAUAAUGGAGGAUAAAACUACAAUUUUACGAAAUACAAUGGCUGAAUUUUUACAAGUACAGCCAUAUCGUAAAUUUGAAUUUGAAUUUUCAAAUUUUCUCAACCGGGUAAAAGGUAUGAUAGAAGAAGGACAUCGUAAUGGUGCUAAUGCUUCCCGUCUAACAAAUAUUUCACAUAUUGCUCCAAUGUAUAACAGACCUUCAAUGAGUUUUAAUUGUAGACCUCCAUCUACAAUGUCAAUGUUCCCUUCAAAUCAGAGUUCUUAUCAGAUAUCCGAAACAAAUUACCAACAACGCAUUCAACCUUUAAAUCCAUUUAAACCUCCAUCAAGUGUUUCUAUGUUACAACCCAAGUUAUUAUCUCACAAUGAUGAUGAUAUGAUUAACCAUGAACAUAGUUGUUCUCCCAAAUCAUGUACUACAAUUAUUGAAAUGGGACAACAAGCUAAUAAUGUAACUAAAAGAACUUGUGAUGAUUUUGAAAGCCAUGAAGAUCAUGUACCAGAAAAACAUCAGGAUACUGCUAUUAACAAAUACUCUGAUAUGACAAUAAUUGAGAAUGGUUCAUUUACAGAAAAUAGUAAUGUAAAUAACUCAAAUCGAUGCAAGUUGCUUGAAUCUGAUUUAGAGAAUGUUGGAUUCAAAAUCGUUGUUGGACUACCAAAUAAAAGUACUACAUUAAGUAAAAAGGAUCAUUCAAGUCGAUUAGAUAUUGUUCCCCAAAGUCAACUUAAUAACAUCUCUGAAACUCUUGAAAAAUAUUUGUCUAAGUGGUCUAUUAAUGUAAAAGAAAUGAAAUCGCAAAAAAAAACUAAAGUUGCAAUUGUAUUAUCUGGUACUCUCUUGGCUCAAGAUAAAGUUACAGUUUUAGAAAAAAAUCAUGAUGCAGGUAUCUUAGAGUGUAGAAAAGAAAAAAAUCUAAUAAAAACUAAAAAUGGACUGUAUCGUCUCCUUGGAAAUAUAAUUAGUGGUUAUCCAAAAAAUGUUUUUACUAUUUGCCUUGAAACUGGUGGUAUUCCAUUAAGAUGGAGGAUACUUUUAUGCACACAUGAAAAUGUGAAAAGAGAAUUAAAAAAACCACCUUUAAACUUUUCAUUAGAAUCUCCAGCGGGACCAAUGAAAUUAUCUAAACCUGCUCUUAAUUUAGAUGUCAGUAUGACAAGGAAAGGUACAUCUUAUGGCACAAGUAAAGUUGUAGUCAACAAAGAUAUUAGUAACAAAAGAAAAUUUCCUGAAUGUGAUACUGCUGCUGAGAAUAAUAAAAGUAAACAUCGCAAAUAUCAAGCACCCUUGUUAGCUUCGACACCAAAAAGGCCAAGAUUACAUCCACAAUGCGCAACUCCAAGUGAAAUUUUAAAAAGUAAAUUAUGUCGUAAGCUCAAUGUAAAUCAUGAAAUGUCUAAACAUAAAAAUUGUAAAACUUUGAAUACAGCAAAUGAUUCCAUUGUGGUAAAGAAAAGACAAUCGUAUACUAAAGAUGAAAACAUUCAGUUUUUAAGACCACCAACACCUAUGACUAAUAAUAACGCUAAUGGUUCUAAGUCGGCCUCAUCUGAAAAAUCUGCCAAUCAUACAAAAAGUUCUAGAAAUGGCUCUGUAAAUUCCACAAACAUAAAUAGCAUUUCUUGUAGUAAACAAUCAAAAAGUAGUUUGAUAGAAAAUUCUGGUGUACAUGAUGUAACAGACAAAAUUAAUUCAUCAAAAGCAAAACAUAAGACUUCUGUUAUAAAUUCAACAGCUAGCACAUUAGAACAUUCAAAACAAAUAAAAACUCAAAAUUCAAUACUGAAGAAAAGGUCAAAAUCAAAAAAUGAAAAUAUCAUAGAUAGUAAAUCUAAAAUUAUUCUAAGUGAUGGUGGGAAAUCAAAAAUAACUAAACGGAAACCUAAAGAAGAUUCGAAGCGAAUAUAUUCAAAAGUGCUUGAUGAAAUACCAAAAAAUAUUUGUACAAAAGAAAAAAAAAAGGGUUUUUCAGAAGAAACACCUACCAAGAGUGCAUCAGGACAAGGCUUAUUUGACAAUUUUGAAGCAGAUGACUAUGGUGAUAUUAGUGAUUUUAAUGUAAUGCAAUCACCUGGAAAGUUAAGCAUGAUUUCACGGACAGACAAGUCCAGAAGUGAAACACCACCUUUGUUUAAUCAACAAUGGAUGGGAACUUCUGGUAAAUCUAUAGUUAUAAGUGAACCACCUACACCCCUUAGUAAAUCAGCAGAAGCUAAAGCAUUACGACGAGUUAAAAGACCUGAAAUAACAGAAAAAGAAGAAUUAAAAGAAAUGAAACGAUAUAAAUUAUCUAAAAAAAAACAAGGAGAUAAGGAAAAAAAUUAUGAUGCUGUAAACAAAUUGAUUAAUGACAUGUUAGUUUAUGGUGAGCAAUUGAGUUUUGAUGAUGAAAUGAUUUCAUAUUCAAGUUAAUUAUAUCUCAUUAUGUAUUUUUAACUAUGAUAACUAUUUUUAUAAUUAAUUUCCUUUAUUUUAUUAUUAUACGUUUACCUCAUUUAUAGAA